AUGGCGCCGACUACUCAGAAGGCCCUCGUAGUGACCGAGGUCGGCCAGCCCCUCGUCCUCGUCACAGAACGCGCCGUCCCCCAGCCAGGCCCAAACCAGAUCCAGAUCAAGGUGACGGUCGCGGGGCUCAACCCGCACGACCAAAAGGCUCGCGACAUGGGCCUCUUCAUCACCGGCCACCUGCCCGCCGUCCUGACCAACGACGUCGUGGGCCGCGUGUCGCAGCUCGGCGACGGAGUGACGGGCGUCGCCAUCGGCGACAGAGUCGUCGCGCACGCGGCGAUCGACGCGCCCUGGCUGCAGACCGGUCUCCAGGAGUACACCCUGGCAUACGCGGGGUGCUGGGCCAAGCUCCCGGAUUCGGUGUCCGACGACGAGGCCGCGACGCUGCCGACGAACAUCAUCGCGCCGCUCGUGGCGCUCUUCCACUUGCUACGUCUGCGCGCGCCGUGGGACGCCGACGCCGCAUCCGCCAACGCAUCCGCCACGCUACUCGUCGUCGGCGGCGGCUCCAACUGCGGGCGCUUCGGCGUGCAGCUCGCGAAGCUGGCAGGCGUAGGCCGCAUCGUCGUCGUGGGCGGCGACGAAGCCGAGCUGCGGCGCCUCGGCGCAACGCACGUGCUAGACCGCCACGGCGGGUACGACGCCGUCCUGGCGCGCAUCCGCGCCGUCGUCGGCGACGAUCUCGUGUUCGCCUUCGACGCCGUCAACCCGAACGAGGGCCAGCUGCUCGCGCUGAACGCGCUGUCGAGCCACAAGAGGGGCGCGCUCGCGCGGCUGGUGCCGCUGGGCCCCGUCGACGAGACGCGGGUGCUCAACAAAACGGCCGGGUUCGAGGUGCGGAAUGUCCAUGGCAUGUCCCACGCUUUUCCGGACUUGGCGGCGCCGUUCUGGGAGCGCGUGCCUGGGUAUCUCGAGGCCGGGAAGAUCACGCCGCUGGGCUUUGUGGUGAAGGAGGGUUUGAUGCCGGAGAAUGUGAAUGUGGUCCUGGAUGCUUACCGGGAUGGCAAGAGGGUUACCAAGACGCAUGUUCAUCUGUGA